GCCCCCAAAACCACAACAGAAAGCGCGUCUCGGCAUAAACAAACACACCGCUUGUGGAAAAUCACAAUCCCGCUAGUGGAAAAACCGCCCGAAAACAACCUCCCUACCGCACGAUGGGCGAUCGGUACAACAUCCACAGCCAGCUGGAGCAUCUGCAAAGCAAGUACAUCGGUACGGGCCAUGCGGACACUACGAAGUACGAGUGGCUUACCAACCAGCACCGGGACUCGCUUGCCAGCUACCUCGGGCACUACGAUAUGCUGAGCUACUUCGCCGUGGCCGAGAACGAAUCGAAGGCACGCAUCCGUUUCAACAUCAUGGAGAAGAUGCUGCAACCCUGUGGACCUCCGCCGGAGAAGGUGGAAGAUUAACUUUCAUGAAGCCGCCCAAAAUAAACGUAAUUUAACGACGAAA